UGACUUUGUUUUGCUAAAUAAGGAGAUCAAGAGUCGGCCUUUAAAAAAUAAGGAGAUAGGGAAAAACAACAAAAAUCAGGUCAAAAACAUAGCGACAAAACUCUCUGAUGACCUUCCAUCCCUAAAGCAAAAGUCCAAAGAAAAAAAAAAGCAAUACUAACAUUUGCCUGAGCGCGAGAGGUUCUAGAUUCCAGGAGACUCGAAAUUGUGUGUUAGUUGGUGGAAUAGAAGAUGGAUGAUCGGAGCGAAAACCAUGAUAUAGAGGUCGAAAGAGGAAACUACGCGUGCGAGAGGAAGAUAUCUGGGAUUCUAGAUGAUGGAUCUGUCGCAUUCCAACAGCCUCUGCUCGCUAGGAACCGAAAGAACACAACUUCGCAGAUCGCAAUUGUCGGAGCUAACACUUGUCCCAUCGAAAGCCUUGAUUACGAGAUCUUUGAGAAUGAUCUUUUCAAGCAGGACUGGAGGUCUAGGAAGAAGAUUGAGAUACUUCAGUAUACCAUUCUCAAAUGGGCGCUUGCUUUCCUUAUCGGGUUAUCCACUGGCGUCGUUGGCUUUUUAAAUAACCUUGCUGUUGAGAAUAUAGCUGGUUUCAAACUCUUGCUCACCGGAAAUCUCAUGCUCAACCAGAAAUACUUUCAGGCAUUCUUUGCAUUUGCUGGUAGUAACUUGAUCUUGGCAACUGCUGCUGCUUCACUUUGUGCUUUCAUUGCUCCCGCAGCAGCAGGAUCUGGCAUACCUGAGGUUAAAGCAUAUCUUAAUGGUAUAGAUGCUUAUUCAAUAUUAGCUCCGAGCACACUCUUUGUCAAGAUCUUUGGCUCUAUAUUUGGAGUUGCUGCCGGAUUCGUAGUUGGAAAAGAAGGACCCAUGGUGCAUACUGGUGCUUGCAUUGCUAAUCUACUUGGACAAGGUGGUUCUCGAAAGUACAAAUUGACUUGGAAGUGGCUCAGGUUCUUCAAAAACGAUAGAGACAGAAGAGACCUGAUCACUUGCGGUGCUGCUGCUGGUGUGGCAGCUGCUUUCCGUGCUCCAGUUGGUGGAGUGCUUUUUGCCCUCGAGGAAGCUGUUUCUUGGUGGAGGAGUGCUCUUCUUUGGAGGACCUUCUUCACUACCGCAGUUGUAGCCGUGGUGUUACGAAGUUUGAUUGAGCUCUGUCGAUCGGGGAGAUGUGGACUAUUCGGUAAAGGAGGUCUCAUAAUGUUUGACGUCAACUCGGGAUCAGUGCUUUACAGCACACCAGAUUUGCUAGCGGUAGUCUUCCUUGGAGUUGUUGGUGGUGUGCUUGGAAGCCUUUACAACUACCUUGUCGACAAAGUCCUCCGCACAUAUGCCAUAAUAAACGAGAGAGGACCGGGGUUUAAAGUUAUGCUUGUUAUGGCAGUCUCCAUUUUGAGCUCGUGCUGCGCAUUUGGUCUCCCAUGGCUUGCACAUUGCACCCCUUGUCCCACUGGAACAGAGGGAAAGUGCCCAAGCGUAGGUCGAGACAGCAUCUAUAAGAGUUUCCAGUGUCCCCCAAACCAUUACAAUGACCUUUCCUCACUACUUCUCAACACGAAUGAUGAUGCUAUCCGCAGUCUCUUUACAUCAAGGUCCGAAAAUGAAUUCCAAAUCUCCACCCUCGCCACAUUUUUUGUCUUAGUGUACUGCCUUGGCAUCAUAACGUACGGCAUAGCUAUACCCUCUGGGCUUUUCAUUCCCGUGAUUCUCGCUGGAGCAUCUUAUGGACGGCUAGUUGGUAGACUCCUUGGUCCAGUAUCUCAGCUUGAUGUAGGUCUGUUCUCUCUGCUUGGAGCUGCUUCUUUCCUUGGAGGCACAAUGAGAAUGACGGUUUCUCUAUGUGUCAUAAUUCUUGAACUUACAAAUAAUCUCCUGAUGCUGCCAUUGGUGAUGCUUGUACUCUUGAUCUCAAAAACUGUUGCCGAUUGUUUCAACAAAGGGGUAUAUGACCAGAUUGUGAUAAUGAAAGGACUGCCUUACAUGGAAGACCAUGCAGAGCCGUACAUGCGGAAUUUGGUUGCAAAGGAUGUUGUCGCUGGACCUUUGUUAUCCUUUUCAAGAGUUGAAAAGGUUGGGGUAAUAUGGCAGGCUUUGAAGAUGACAAGUCAUAAUGGUUUCCCUGUAAUUGAUGAGCCACCUUUUACCGAAGCUGCUGAGCUUUGUGGGAUUGCCUUGAGAUCCCAUCUGCUUGUGCUUCUCCAAGGGAAGAGAUUCUCAAAGCAGAAAACCACAUUUGGUUCUCAAAUUCUUAGAAGUUGCAAAGCUCGCGACUUUGCGAAAGCAGGACUAGGUAAAGGGCUCAAGAUUGAAGAUUUGGUUAUAAGUGAUGAGGAGAUGGAGAUGUAUGUUGAUCUCCAUCCCAUCACUAACACAUCUCCAUACACUGUGCUUGAGACUUUGUCUCUCGCUAAAGCGGCUAUUCUUUUCCGGCAACUUGGCCUUCGCCACUUGUGUGUGGUGCCCAAAACACCAGGGAGACCGCCUAUUGUUGGGAUACUUACAAGGCAUGAUUUUAUGCCGGAACAUGUCCUAGGACUCUAUCCUCACAUGGAUCCUCUCAAGUGAAAUAUGGUGGUAAGGAACGGAGAAAAAGUUCAAUAGAGUUUUCAUUUUAUUCUCGUUAUGCUGAAUAUGUGCAUAUCAAAAAUUCAAUAGAGCAAUUCUGUUUGCUCGUGCUCGCAUUUAUAUUUAUUUAUUUAAAUUAUAUGGUGAAAAUCUUAAUAAAUUAGGGGAAGGGGAUGAAGUGAGUUGGUAAAACUCUGGUUCCAAAAUUUUAAACAAAAAUUUGUUUAACACAAAAUAUA